GUUGGGCGGCAACACGUGCGCCUUUUGGUUAGUAAACAAAAUACAACAUGAGCUCAGGCAAAGAAUGCAUAGCCUGGCUGUCAGACGAGGCAACCUCGUUUGCGGAAUGUGUGGCAAUCUGUAGAUUAUACGUACUCCAACAAGUACGAAGUGUUCAUAGAAUGGCUGGCCACAUCCCUGCGCGGCAACGAGCUGCCGGUGGCACAACUGAUGCGACUGUUCCAGCUGCGUGCGCAGCCGGGCAUGGUCAGCCAGGAGUGCAAAGCCUCAUUGGUCCAGCUCUGUUGAACACCAUUGUUCCCGCGAAAUGUCAGGACAAUACAGCCCUCAAUCUGCUGCAAAGCAUGUUCAAUUUCGAUCUGCUCCAGGAUGUAUUGCGAGCCGACUACACACUCAUCUGCCGCUGCUAUGGCACACUCUUUGACUGCCAGCAAAGGUGCCUCAAGCUGAGAACUGAAGGACAGGCUGCGCAGGAGGAGCUGCAAACGGACGCAGAAAUCGUUGUAGCCAUGAUCAAGCAGCUGGCCGAGAUGGCCCGCCGUUCCCAAAAGGUACGCAAGCUCCGAGUCUGCUACGAUGAGCUGACAGUGCGUCCUUUGGUGGAGCUGAUGCUCAACCUGAAGUCGUCCUGCAUCGAGGAGGUGGCUGGCCUGGAGAAGCAGAUGCAGGGCCAGUUCAUCCUAUCGCUCAUCUCCAACCAGCCCCUGCACGUGGUGCUGCUGCUCCUCGAGUGCAGCGUCCUGAAUAGCCGCUACGAUACCGACUUUCUAUCCCAACUCCUUACAAUGGUACUCGAAGAGAGAGCUGUCGACGGGCCACAGCACAGCCUGACACUGGUUGCCUACAUGCUGGAGACACUGCGCAAAUACGACGUAUCCCUGCAAUUUCCCAUGGCCAAGGAACAGCCACAAGACACAAAUCCCAAUCCGGAGGCGUCCACCUCCGAUGGCGAGAAUGUUCCAACGGUUGUCUUAAAGACGAAGACAAAGGCGAAAGCGAAAGCGAAGAAAGAGUCGGAGAUGGAGACAGAGAAAAAUGGCAAACAAACUAGUGCCUUUGUGUAUGUAUCGGAGCAACUGCUGCAGCUGGUCAAGAAGCACAAACAGCAUCAUCUGCACUGCGGCACUGCGACUGAAUCCGCUGUUGCUGGAGUCCAGCAGCUAUCAGAUCACCAUCUGGAUGAUGACAGCCCCUAAGAGGAGCGCCGAGGAGGAGCAUUUGUAUUCCGCGUACCUUGUACUGUUGCUGGACAUGUUCCGGCGUCUGAGUCGG